GGGGCUGGUAACGACCCGUCCCUGUGAGCGGCCCCCCGGCAGCAGCGGUAGCGCUGAGGGAGCUGGGCGCCGCCGGGGAAGAUGUCGGAGACCAAGGUGAAGGUGGCCGUCAGGGUCCGGCCCAUGAACCGCAGAGAGCUGGAGUUGAACACCAAAUGUAUUGUGGAGAUGCAAGGGAAUCAGACUGUGCUGCACCCUCCCCCUUCAAACAUCAAACAGGGAGAUAACAGAAAACCACCAAAGGUGUUUGCCUUUGAUUACUGCUUCUGGUCCAUGGAUGAAUCAAACACCACAAAAUAUGCAGGUCAAGAAGUGGUGUUUAAGUGCCUUGGAGAAGGAAUUCUUGAAAAGGCCUUUCAGGGAUAUAAUGCUUGUAUUUUUGCCUAUGGACAGACAGGUUCAGGAAAAUCCUUCUCAAUGAUGGGCAAUGCAGAGCAGCUCGGCCUGAUCCCACGGCUCUGCUGUGCUUUAUUUCAGAGAAUCUCUGUAGAAGAAAAUGAAUCUCAGACCUUUAAAGUUGAAGUGUCCUAUAUGGAAAUCUAUAAUGAGAAGGUCAGAGAUCUGUUAGACCCUAAAGGGAGCCGGCAGUCCCUUAAGGUUCGAGAGCACAAAGUAUUGGGGCCAUAUGUAGAUGGCUUGUCUCAGCUGGCUGUUACUAACUUUGAGGAUAUUGAGUCCCUGAUGUCGGAGGGAAACAAAUCUCGAACGGUUGCUGCAACCAACAUGAAUGAGGAAAGCAGCCGCUCUCAUGCUGUAUUCAAUAUUAUAGUAACUCAGACACUUUAUGACCUGCAGUCUGGUAAUUCUGGAGAGAAGGUCAGCAAGGUCAGCCUGGUGGAUUUGGCUGGUAGUGAGAGAGUGUCUAAAACAGGAGCUGCAGGAGAACGUCUGAAGGAAGGCAGCAACAUAAACAAGUCACUCUCAACGCUGGGAUUGGUUAUAUCAUCACUUGCUGACCAAGCAGCAGGAAAGGGGAAAAACAAGUUUGUGCCUUAUAGAGAUUCUGUACUCACUUGGCUUCUCAAGGACAACUUGGGAGGAAACAGCCAAACUGCCAUGAUAGCCACAAUUAGCCCAUCAGCUGACAAUUAUGAGGAAACGCUCUCUACGCUGAGAUAUGCAGACAGAGCCAAAAGGAUAGUUAAUCAUGCUGUGGUAAAUGAAGAUCCAAAUGCCAGGGUCAUUCGAGAACUACGUGAAGAAGUGGAAAAACUCAAAGAACAGCUCUCGCAAGCUGAGGCCCUGAAAGCACCAGAACUGAAGGAAAAAUUGGAAGAAUCUGAAAAACUGAUAAAAGAACUUACAGUCACGUGGGAAGAAAAGCUAAGGAAAACAGAAGAAAUUGCACAGGAGAGGCAAAGGCAACUAGAAAGCAUGGGAAUUUCCCUAGAGUCCUCUGGUAUCAAGGUUGGGGAUGACAAGUGUUACCUGGUUAAUCUGAAUGCAGACCCUGCACUCAAUGAACUUUUGGUUUAUUAUUUAAAGGACCACACCAGGGUUGGUGCAGAUACCUCUCAGGACAUACAGCUGUUUGGUAUAGGGAUCCAACCAGAGCACUGUGAGAUUGACAUUGCAUUAGAUGGGGAAGUUUCCCUCACACCAAAAGAAAAUGCAAGAUCCUGUGUAAAUGGCACACUGGUAUGUACUGCCACUCAGCUGUGGCAUGGAGAUAGAAUCCUAUGGGGAAACAACCACUUUUUUAGAAUCAAUCUGCCAAAGAGGAAGCGACGAGAUUGGUUGAAAGACUUUGAAAAAGAAACCGUGUUAGCGGAACAUGAUUUGGAUGCAACUAGUGAAGCUUCUUCAGAACCAGAUUACAACUAUGAAUUUGCACAAAUGGAAGUUAUAAUGAAAACACUGAAUAGUAAUGACCCAGUCCAAAAUGUGGUGCAGGUCUUGGAGAAGCAGUACUUGGAAGAGAAGCAGAGUGCUCUUGAGGAGCAGAGGUUGAUGUAUGAGCGUGAGCUCGAGCAGCUCAGGCAGCAGCUUUCUCCAGAAAGGCAGCAUCAGCACGGCAGUGACAGGCUCUCAUAUACAGCUCAGACUGCCCAGCAAAAAGUAAACAUCUGGACAGAAGAGAGGGAUGAAUUGUUCCGGCAGAGCCUGGCUAAACUUCGAGAGCAAAUAGUAAAGGCCAACACACUGGUGAGAGAAGCAAACUUCUUAGCAGAAGAAAUGAACAAGCUAACUGAUUAUCAAGUGACACUUCAGAUCCCUGCUGCAAACCUCAGUGCCAACAGAAAGAGGGGGGCAAUAGUAAGUGAGCCGGCUAUUCAAGUACGAAGAAAAGAAAAAGGUACUCAGGUGUGGACUAUUGAGAAACUGGAGAACAAAUUGAUUGACAUGAGAGACCUAUAUCAAGAAUGGAAGGAGAAAGUUCCUGAGAUAAGGAAGCUCAUUGGUAAAAAAGGUGACCCUUUCUAUGAAGCACAAGAAAACCAUAUCUUAAUUGGAGUAGCAAAUGUCUUUUUGGAGUGCCUUUUCUAUGAUGUUAAACUUCAAUAUGCAGUGCCGAUCAUCAGCCAGCAGGGGGAGGUUGCAGGACGGCUGCAUGUUGAAGUGAUGCGAGUCACUGGUGUUGUUCCAGAACGUGUAGCAGAAGGGGAUGACUCUUCUGAGAACUCCAGUGAGAGCGGAAGCCUGGAAAUCAUGGACAGCAAUGGAGAAAUUAUUCACAGAGCAAAAAAGCUCACCUGCAGGGUAAAAAUAAAAGAAGCAACUGGACUACCACUGAAUCUGUCUAACUUUGUCUUCUGUCAAUACGCAUUCUGGGAUCAGUGUGAGUCAACUGUAGCAGCACCAGUGGUCGAUCCUGAUGUGCCAUCACCUCAGAGCAAGGAAGCUCAGUUUACAGUGACCUUCUCUCACUGUAAGGACUAUGUGGUGAAUGUCACAGAGGAAUUUCUGGAGUUCAUUUCAGAAGGAGCUCUUGCUAUUGAGGUGUGGGGUCACAGAUGUACUGGCAAUGGCAGCUCCAUUUGGGAGGUUGAUUCUCUUCAUGCUAAAACUAGGACACUGAGAGACAGGUGGAGUGAAGUAACUCGCAGAAUAGAAAUGUGGAUUUCCAUACAAGAACUAAAUGAGAUGGGGGAAUAUACAGCAGUUGAACUCCAUCAGGCAAAGGAUGUAAACACUGGUGGGAUUUUCCAACUUAGGCAGGGUCAUUCUCGAAGAGUUCAAGUGACAGUGAAGCCUGUACAGCAUUCGGGAACACUUCCCCUCAUGGUGGAAGCCAUUCUUUCUGUCUCUAUAGGCUGUGUGACUGCCAGAUCAACCAAACUACAGAGGGGGUUGGACAGCUACCAGAGAGAUGAUGUUGAUGAUGGUGAUAUGGAUAGUUAUCAGGAAGAAGAUUUAAACUGUGUGCGAGAAAGGUGGUCUGAUGCGCUCAUAAAACGCAGGGAGUACUUAGAUGAACAGAUUAAAAAAAUCAGCAAUAAGCAAGAGAAAACGGAGGAUGAAAUAGAACGGGAAGCACGGCUACUAGAACAGUGGAUGGGACUAACAGAAGAGAGGAAUGCAGUGCUUGUCCCAGCCCCAGGCAGUGGCAUCCCAGGUGCUCCUGCAGAUUGGACCCCACCUUCAGGAAUGGAAACACACAUACCUGUCCUUUUCCUUGAUUUGAAUGCUGAUGACCUCAGUGCCAAUGAACAGCUUGUAGGUCCCCAUGCAUCAGGAGUUAACUCAAUACUGCCAAAGGAGCAUGGGAGUCAGUUCUUUUAUCUGCCGAUCAUAAAACACAGUGAUGAUGAGGUUUCAGCCACUGCAGCUUGGGACUCUUCUGUCCAUGAUUCAGUGCAUUUGAACAGGGUAACACCACAAAAUGAGAGGAUUUACUUAAUAGUGAAGAUCACUGUGCAACUUAGUCAUCCUGCUGCUAUGGAAUUAGUACUGCGUAAAAGGAUUGCAGCCAAUAUUUACAACAAGCAGAGUUUUACCCAGAGUCUGAAAAGGAGAAUAUCCUUGAAAAAUAUAUUUUAUUCCUGUGGUGUGACCUAUGAAAUAGUAUCCAAUAUACCAAAGGCUACAGAGGAAAUUGAGGAUCGUGAGACUCUGGCCCUGAUGGCAGCAAGAACUGAGAAUGAGGGUACAUCUGAUGGUGAAACUUAUAUAGAGAAAUAUACACGUGGCGUGUUGCAGGUGGAGAACAUUCUAAGCCUUGAACGACUAAGGCAGGCAAUGACAGUGAAAGAAGCACUCUCUACUAAGGCAAGACACAUACGGAGGAGCAUCAGCACACCAAAUGUCCACAAUGUAUCCUCUAGUCGAUUAGAUCUUUUUGAUGAAGAUGAUAAGGGUUGGUCAGAAAGCCACCUGGAUAUAUCUGACUGUUCUUCCAGUUAUCAAGAUGUAUCAUGUUAUGGUACUUUACCGAGGGAUUCCCCUCGCAGAAAUAAAGAUGCUGGUGGUUGUAUAUCGGAGAAUCCACAUGCCUUAAUGGCCAGCCCUUUUAAAGCAUUUUCUCCUCAGCCACCAAAGUUUUUCAAACCCUUAAUGCCUGUAAAAGAGGAGCAUAAAAGAAAGAUCCCUCUCGAAACUCGACCUCUGCUUAGCCAAGAGAGCAUGCCUUCAACUCAGGUACAUAACGCUGGCUGUGUUGUGCCCUCAGGAAGUAAUGCCAGCAGCAUGCCAGUAGAAAACAAUAGCAUACAUGAAGAGAAGAUUGACUCUGAUGAAGAGGACAGUGAGUUGGAGGCCAUUAAUAAGAAACUGAUAAGCUCACAGGGUUUUCAUAAUUUUCGGCCUUAUGUACCUGAGGAGUUUGCUGACUUCAGUGUUUACAAUGCUAGUCUGGAGAACAGAGAAUGGUUUUCCACUAAAACAGACUUCAUGAAUUCUCGUGUCCUUGAGAAAGAGGUAUCUCGCAGCCCCACCACUAGCAGUAUUACUAGUGGCUACUUUUCGCACAGUGCCUCUAAUGCUACACUGUCUGACAUGCUUGUUCCCUGUAGUGAUAGCACAGACCAGCUAGCCAAUCAGAUGAAGGAUUUGGACUCCAGUGAUCAUUCAGGACCAUGUCUUGCAUAUGAUUUGAGAUCUUUGAACAAGGAAUUUCCAGAAAGGGGCUUAGCUAAAGAUAAGAUACACGUGUCACCACUCAAAGAAAACAGUGCCUUAGCAAAAGAGAUUCCACCAUCCCUAAAUACCACUGACAAAAACUCUGAGAUGUUACAUAGAGCUGGCUCUUGUUCAGGUUUAGAUUCCUCAAUUAGCAAAAACAUGCGAGACAAAAUUGAGUUUUCAUCCCGGGAAGCAACAAUUGAGCACACUUCAGAUGUUCUCGAAGAUCAUUCAUUUACAGAGUUCAUGGGUGUUGAAGAUGGAAAGGACUUUGACCAGUCAGUAGAUCCAAAGUUAUGUUCCACUGAUUCCUCUAAUGGAAGGAAAGAAAUACCAACUGCUGGGGUGGACAGUGCCUCGGAUUUAUCACAAAACACUUACAAAGAGGGCAUUCGCUUAGGCCAGCUGGAAUCUGUGGCUGUGGGUUACCAGCUGUCAAAUGCCAUUGAAAACCCUCAGUUUUCUGUAUUAGUAAAAGAGACUUCAUACUGUCAGACAUAUCCUGAUUCUUCCCUUAAUGAUUUUAUUACAAAGAACCAUUUAGAUGUUUCUGACUCUGAAGAUGGUGCUUCUGCAGACCAAGCCCACACGUUGCCUAGCUGGGUGGCAGUGGGAGAACAAGUGUGUGUAGGAAGUAAUAAGACAGGCACAGUGAGAUAUAUUGGACCAGUGGAUUUUUCAGCUGGAAUCUGGGUUGGAGUUGAACUAAGUGUUCAGUUGGGGAAACAUGAUGGAACGGUAAAAGGUAGAGAGUACUUCCACUGCAAGCCACGACAUGGUUUGUUUGUUCGUCCCGGGCGCCUCAGUAAAGCACCAGCUUCAACAAAAAGAUGCAGUAGCACUUCACAAUCUCAGGCAUCCUCAAGUUUAGAGAAGCGAAAAAGUUCUGUACUUCAGGGGUCAUCAUCCUCUUCUAAAGCAGGAGAAGCACCCCUCUGUCAAUCAGGAGAUGCAGCGGCUUCUGCUUUUUCUAGGAAACAAGAGAACAGGAAGUCUUGGAUUAAAUAA